AUGACCGUCGGUUUAGGUGGCCAAUUACAGCCGACUACACUACAAGGGUUCCCACCGCGGCGCAGGGUCGGCGUCGCACCAUACAUGAUACCCGGUACGGCGCGAAGGAGUCCAACCCCAGGAGGGUUUCCACGACAGGGCCGGCAUGUUUCUGCUGAUCUUUCGACGUAUCGAUACCGCCCUCUUCAAGGCCCAUCCUGGAUCCGAGUGCUUCGGGUUGAGCCAUCACCGAUCUUCGAAGACCCACUUCAAGUCAGUAUUCAUCAUUUCGACCGUGAUGCUAUCCCCUACACCUUUGGGCCACAAAAGCAGUGCUAUGAUGCACUAUCAUACGCCUGGGGCACCGAAGGGGCUACUAUCAAAGUAACGUGCGAUGGCAACUCAAAUCUGGACAUCACCCCCAACGUGAACCAAAUGCUCCGACGCCUUAGAGCCAGGGAUAAGUGCAGACAUUUCUGGGUAGACGCCAUAUCUCUGAAUCAAAAGGAUAAAGUGGAGAAAGCAACGCAGGUUCCGCUGAUGGGUGAGAUCUAUCGACAGGCAGCAAAGGUGCGAGUGUGGCUAGGUGGAAACGAAAACGGUGGAGACGAAAUGGCCAUCAAGAAAAUCUUUGCGUUAUUCCGAGUCCUUGUCGUGAAAGAGGUGAAUCCCGGUCGGGACGAGCUGGUAAGACUGUUCGGAGCAAAUUCGACGUCGUGGUCAGUCAUCGACGGAUUUCUGCGUCGAGCAUGGUUCCACCGCCGUUGGGUGCUUCAGGAAGUUGCGCUUGGCAGAGACACUGUUGUGUAUUGCCAUACCGAGAAAAUCUCUUGGUCGUUGUUCGCCAGGGCCUUGGAUGCUUGCCGCACCUCACACUAUCAUCGUCAUCUGCACUUCGAGCCGACGGCUUUGGCUGCACUUAGCCAUCUCUCAGCUUUGCAAGAGAAGGAUAAGAAGAUACUCACGCUUCUUUGGAAGUUCGAUCAUGCCCAAUGCACAGACCCCCGAGACAGGCUUUUUGCUCUCUAUGGCAUCGCUAAUCACAUUAGGUUCAAUGAUCUGCCUAGUGUUUCUGACGUCGUUGGCCAGAGUAUCCGGUGCUAUGCCGAUUAUGAUGUACCCACGAACCAAGUCUAUAUGGAUUUUGCGAAAAGCUGCAUCCAAGGCGGGCAUAUUCUCUCUAUCUUGGUACACGCCGUGUCUUUUGGCAGUCUGUACGAGACGGACUCGUCCAUGCCAACUUGGGUACCGGACUGGUCCCGCCCGAGACGCCAGACGGUGCUGCCACGCACGGAAUACGGUAUAAAUGUCGCAACGAUAAAUCUCUGCAAGGCUGCCUGUUCGACAUUACAAGACUCCAAACGUCUCGGAGCGAGUAUCGUUGGCCGUGUCUCGCAAGUCGUACGAGCAACAACCCUAGCUUCCUCAGAACAAACACCAACGUGGGCUGCGAUUGCAUUGCACCUCAUGCAGGCCCUUGGAGGGUCCGAAAGCCCGAGCAGUGACUGGAAGGAACAGCUUCGAGAGAUGAUAAUCGUACUUCUGGAUCGCAUUGACGCAGCACCUGGCGUGAAGAAGGGUGCCAUUUCUCCAGGCAUUCGGCGAAUAGAGAUCGUCGGUUUUCUGACAGCGCUCUUGGAGGAGUAUCUGCUGAUUGAAGUGAUGAAAGAAGACGAUCGCCAAGAGCUGCAUGGCCACGACGACUUUACACAUUAUUCCGCAUGGAGGCAAUGGAUGAGCAAGGAUGUACUGAACCUUCUAGCGAAGGCUUUGGAGAGAACAUGCAUCUUUCAUGCCACAAAUACAGACGAUGAGGACCCUGUUGUUGGUGUUCGUGAGAUCAGGGGCCUGGCUCCAACUGAGAUCAGGGCUGGGGAUUGUAUCAUGCAAGCAAGUCUGUUAAGCGGCGUGCAAUGGUCAGAGAAGAAUGGAGGGAAACUCGAUGGGCGAACACUCGAUGAGGGAACAACUUAA